AUGGCGAACCGGUACGGCGCGACAUCACGCAAUGGCAAUGGCAACGGUUAUGGCGGCCUCGGGAGGUCGAACGAAGACUACGACCCCUACGGCGAUGGGUACGACAACGACCGCUAUGGUACGCCACCCCAAUCUAGCUCGAGAGCUCCUCCUCCCCAGCCCCAACAGUCGCAACCACCUGCCGUCCGUACCAUGCCAUCGCGCCAGCGCAUGCGAUCCGAAACGAACGCUGAGCAGCAAAUCACACAGGUUCUCGAGCACAUCAAGCUGGAGUGGCCUGCCAUGUACGAAAGUGACUGCGUACCUGUUCAGCUUGCCCUGCAGCUCCUCGACAACAGCUCCGUUGGCAGAGCCCACGAAUACCGUAAAUUCCAGGAUACGCACAAGUAUCUGCAAGAGUCUCUCAAGAACAUCGUCCACGAGCAUCACCAGGGGUUCAAUAGCUCUAUUGGUACCUUCCACAAGAUCCAAAGCAGCAUACACACUUCGCAAAAGCGUGUUCGAACACUGAAAGAAUCACUCGCUAGCUCAAAGACGAGCUUGUGCACGACGGACCCGGAGCUCAAGAAGCUUUCCAAAGCGUCGCAGGUGUACGACGAGCAGCUACAAGUCCUGAAUGAGCUCGACGAUCUCCGCGCCGUGCCCGAUCAGCUGGAGGCUCGCAUAUCUGAAAAGAGGUUCAUCACCGCUGUUGAAGUGUUACAAAAUGCUCUGCGUAAACUCAGGAAACCUGAGCUGGACGGUAUCGGUGCUCUCAGUGAGCUGCGGAGCUACUUGUCGAACCAAGAAUCAGCCCUCAUGGAUAUCCUUGUGGAAGAGCUGCACGAGCAUCUGUACCUCAAGUCGCCCUACUGCCAGGACAGAUGGCAGCACUUGUCCAAAACGCAGCGUUCCUCAAAUGAGGGCUACGAUGAUGGGAACGCCAUCACCCCCUUCUACAAUGUGCUUGACGCCAUGGACCCCGAUAAGUCGGUGACAGAAGACCCCAUGAAGAAUCCCGAGGCAGACACAUUUUAUUACGUCGGCCUCCUGGUGGAGGCACUCAACAAGCUUGGGAGACUACAAAACGCCGUUGAGACGCUGCAGCAGCGCCUUCCUGUCGAGCUCUUUGGCGUUGUCAACGAGACCAUCAACGAAGUCGAUCAACGGCACCCCAGCUCAUUACGCGGUGGUACAGCCAAGGCCGACGGUCUCCACGUCUACAGUGCCCGAGAAACACGGAUGCGCGCGGAUGUUAUAUACGAUCUACUCUGGACCUUGUACGGCAAGUUUGAAGCCAUCAGUGAAGGCCACCGGGUGUUCCACGAAUCGAUCAAGGCAUUGAUUCGCCGAGAAGGCGCCGGCAACAACAUUGCACUCCUUGGCAGCUUCAAAGAGCUCUGGAAUCUCUAUCAGAAUGAGAUUCGCUCGCUGCUCCACAAUUAUGUCACUACAGACGCUGAUGUCUAUCAAUUCGACUCUCCUUCCUCCAGUGCCAUGAACGGGAGGAAGGACGGGUCUCGUGAACACUUAUUCAAGUUUAAUGAGUUGGACGCCAAGUCGACAGACAUGGUCACUGAGUAUGACGCUCUUGAGAACAUCAUCCAAGCAACAGUACCCGGCCUGACAAGCAGCUCGCGAAAGGCCGAAAUCAACAAGAAAAAUCGUCUUGCUGUGGAUGAGAGCUCGAAGCGCGGUGGGACGGCGAUGAGUGGGAGUCAGCAACCAAGCGGGACACACAAAUCCCUGGUAGAGUCAAGUGUAUUCAACAUGAGCCUGCUGCUUCCCCCGACGCUCAUCUUUCUGCAACGACUCAGGGGGAUCGUUCCGCCCGGCUCUGAUCUGGCUACCAGCACUCUCACCACAUUCCUGGACAAUUUUCUUGUCAAUGUGUUCCAACCGCAGUUGGACGAGACCCUCGGAAAACUUAGUGAUGCCGUUUUCGGGGAAGCCGAUGCUUUUGCUCAAAACCCUCAUUGGCACAAGGUGGCGCGAAAGCCAAUCUUCAAAGGCACGACGGCGUUUUUUGAAGUGGUGACCGCUUUCUGCCGUAUGCUCGGAACCAUCCCUCCCGACCAAGCUCUCAGCGCCUUGAUUGUGACUCAAAUGAUGCGAUACUAUGAUCGUUGCUUCAGCUGGUUCAAAUCACUCGUCACCAAGACCCAGGAACAGUCCGUAGACAACGGUAACCUCCGAGCAGCUGCUCGAGCAGCUGUUGACUCUGGCGAGCUACACGAGGUGAUGCAACGGAUGUGGGCUGCAGAAGCAUGGGACAAAGCGUUAGCAGACCAGGAAAUCCAUCUUUUGAUCGAGCAAGCCAACGAGACAAAGCUGCAGAUGAACGACAUCAUCCAGGAUCGCGAAACCAUCACCUCGCUGUGCCUGUUGUAUACCAGCAUGAAAUGGCUAGCCAGCAAGAUCUCUAGCCUGCGUCACAUCACCGCUCAUGAGACCGAUUCAUCAAGACACAAUCUACCCCGCGAUGCAAACCGAAGAUGGACUUUACUCAACGACCCUGAUAGGGCUACGGCGGAUCAGGGGCCCGUACAGCUACCCCUGACCCCGGAGACUGUCCAGGCAUUUGACAGCAUCGUGUCGUCAUUUGAAGAGCUCGCGGGAACUGCACUCCUGACACUGCACAUGGAAAUUCGAUGCAAGAUCGUCCAUUCCCUCCACAUCGCCUUGUCGCCAGAUGUCGCGCCGUACCUCCUUGAUCAAGAAGUCAACGAGCCAGAUCCGCACAUUCUGAGUCUGAACUCGGAGCUUAUACUUUUCGACGAAACUGUUGCAAGAUAUUUGCGAGAGAGAGAGACGGGGUUUAUCCGUACUGGUCUGGGACGGCUGGUCAACUGCUAUCUCGUUAACAACGCAUGGAUGACCUCGCCCAUGAAUGCGAACGGUUCGGGACGCAUGCAGCUUAAUAUUCUUGUGCUGCAACAAAACCUCAAAAACAUAGAGCAGGGUGUCGAUCUCGCCCGCGCGGCAAACUACUAUGCGCUCUUCGAUAAGGGUGUCGACGACAUCAUUGAGGAAGCAAGACAAAGCAAGGAGCGCCAACAAGCCGGAGGUGAUCCUAACGACCCCAACAACUUCUCGUACAACGAGUUGAAGGCUCUCAUCGAGCUUUGCUUCAGCGAACAGAUGGCGAAUCCGGAAAGAGGCAUUGCCAGCGCAGGUAGACGCGCCAUGGACGAGAAGCUCCAGCAGCUAAGUGAGCAUGUGUGGGAUGCUUGA